AUGAGCUAUCAUCGCGACCGCGGCGAGCGCUCCACGGGCUCGUCCUCCAGUCGGUACGGUGGCGACCGAAGCAGAGAGUCGUCCCGUGACCAGCCAUGGGACCGAGACGCCUACCGUCGUGACGGAGGCCGUGACAGAGACGCGCCACCUCGCUUUGAAUCCGGCAGUAGCAGUCGCGACGGGGGGCGCGACGUGGACGCCGUCGCCCUUUCUGAUGGGCACGAUGUGGGCCAACCAAAAGCGUCUGGCGCUUGGGAUCCGGCCAAAGAGGCACUGGCGGACCCGACGUGGGCGCGUAUCUACAUCUCGAAUCUCCCGUCGGACGCGACAAGUGACGAGCUCCAGGAGAUGUUUGGAGCCAUUGGCAUUGUCGCGCGCGAGAAGCAGAAGCGCGGGUUCAAAGACCAAUGGCCGUUUAAGAUCAAGAUCUACACGGACGCAGACGGACAGCCGAAAGGAGACGCUGUCCUCACGUACGAAGACGCGAAUGCUGCACGCACGGCGCCGGAGUUUUUCAACGGUUCGGACGUUCGUGGGCAAACUAUCAAGGUGGAACUAGCGGGUAAGCCAGAACCUCCUGUAGGUGGAUGGUAUGGAGGCGGUGGUGGCAGCGGUGGCGGAGGCGGUCGUCGUGGUGGAGGUGGACGCUCUGGAGGCGGAGAUCGGUACGGCGGCGGCGGUGGUGGUCGCGGAGGUGGAGGCGGUGGAUACAGUCGAUACGGAGGGAAUGGAGGGGGAGGCGGUGGUGAUCGUGACUUUCGAGACCGCGCGGAUCGGCGCUCGCGUCCGUACUGA